AUGACUGAACCUGCUGUGCGCUUCUCGGAGAGAAUCCGAACACGAGCUGAACAGCACUCAGCUCAAGUCGCCCAAGAGGCCACCAAGGCUGAAUCGAGUCAGAGGGAAUCUAAGGCUUCCGAGGCCAAACAUAACAAAUCCUCGAUCAAACUAGCUUCUCAAGCAAAGACGACGGCCGAACCUAAGCCAGCUCCCAAGGUUACUGCCAAACCGGCCCCAAAGACUACGGCUAAAAUAACUCCCAGGGUCCCUGCCAAAACAGCUCCCCAGAACCCACGAGCUGCAGCUGCGGCCAAGAAGAAGCCGCAGCCCGUGAGCAAGGCUUCAGCGGCAUCUGCAAGGGUAGCUAUAAAAGCUAAUGCUGCCACGACUGCAGUCAAGGCGCGUUCGCAGCCUAUGAGGAACGCUGUUGCAAAUGCAGCCCCAAAGCCCACAGUUGCACCCGCUGUUGCUGGAACCAAACGUAAGGCCAAGAGGGAGCCCUUGCCUGAGCCAAGCAGUGAUUCUGAAGACGAGUCAGGCGACUCGGACUCCAACACCGAGCCUGGCUCCGAAUCCGAGCCUGAAGUCAUUACACCACGCAAGCGCAUCAGAAUCUCUGAUGAAGACGCUACAGAGAUGUGUAGCCCGGCUAGAAAGACCGUUUCAGGAAAAGCCCCUCCAGGCGGCAAUAUCCGUCCUAGAGGCACACAGAGAAACCAGAGGAGUUCGCAUCCCUCCAGAGCCAACCGCGACCGACGCCAUACCACUGCUAGGCAUAGGGCCUAUCGUCCUCGGGUGUCGCUCUCUAAGAUCAUAAGUCAGCCCAUGACGGCCGAGCAGUGGAUUCAUGCCACUAUCAAGGGAAUGCUCCAGGCUUUCAUGAACUCUCCUGAGCACUAUAGCACCCCGCUCGCCACUGUCAUCUACUGGAUGCCUAGGAUCGCGCCAGUUGACGCAGGCGUGCAUCGCGUUUGCGGUGAUCCGCUGAACCACUGGACCAUUCCGCUCAAACAGGUUGGACAGCCCUGGGAGACUGCGGCGACGAUCACACGCCUGCGCACGGACCAGGUCGCGCACUGGUUACACAUCAGUAUGCAGGAUAUGGUCGGCUUCCUGGCGCUGUGCAAUGCUGAGGAGGCAGAGGCCCUGAACCAUUAUCUACACUUUCGAAUGGAGUACAUGCGACUUAUCCAAAACGACGAACACCAGCGCCUUCUUGCCUGGACCAUCCACGCGUCCGUCCAGGGCCGUCGCAACGAGUACGACAUCGCAUCUUUCCCCCGCUGCCCUCCUUACCAGUAUUCGUCCAGAGGUCAUCGAGCGAUGUUUGAGUACAUGCAAAAGACCUGGUCCCUCUACCGAGCUCGAACCUCACCCCUCAUCGAGUGGCAGGCCCGGGACCCGCUCCUCCCGGGCUUUAUCGACAUGCGCUCGUUCUCCCGCUGGUUCGUCGUUGAGGACCCGCCCCUGGAUAGCCUGACCAUCGAGCAGGUCCAGCAUACAAUCGAUGCGGACAUGAUGUUCAGGACCACGGUCGAGAGGGACCGAAACGCUUACCUGCAAGGGGAUGUGAUGAAGGACGAAAUCUGGUUUGCGCUCAACGACACCCGCCCAUUCUUUCCUCAUCAGCCCCGGCCUCUCCAGCCGCAGUAUGAUGAACAGGGCCUUCCGAAGCCGAUUUCUCAACUGAUCGGGCUCAAUAUGCAUGAUGAUGACUGGUGGCGGCGCGAGCUGAACGAAGUCGUGGAUUGGUACCAUGGCCGUUGCACCUUCAAUGAGAGCUAUGCUGCGAUCCAGAGUAUCGUGGAGCUCUCGCUCCAGGGGAUUUAG